CCCCACUCCACUAUAUAUAAAAGGUCUCGAGUCACUUUCCCAUUAACAUAUAUACCAAACAAAGAAACUGAGAAAGAAGUUUUUAUUCAUCAAUGGCGGAAGAGAAGAGCUACAAGUACGUGAUCAUUGGAGGUGGCGUUGCCGGCGGUUAUGCGGCGAGAGAGUUUAAGAAGCAGGGUCUAAAGCCUGGUGAACUAGCAAUCAUUUCCAGGGAAGCUGUGUCUCCUUUUGAGCGUCCUGAACUGACCAAGGUAUAUAUCGACCUCUCAGUCAACCCGACCCUUGCGAGUAUCUAUUGCUGUGCUGGAACUGGAGAAGAGAAGCAGUACCCUCAUUGGUACAAACAGAAUGGGAUUGAUCUAAUUGUAAGCACAGAGAUAGUCAAAGCAGAUCUUGCUUCCAAGACACUUGUUAGUGAUGAUGGAACAAUUUACAAGUACCAAACUUUGCUAAUUGCUACCGGUUCUACUUGCAUAAGAUUGGCAGAACAUGGCAUCCCAGAAGCAGAUGUUAAGAAUAUAUUCUACCUAAGAGAAAUCGAUGAUAAUGAUGAGCUUUCGUUAGCUAUGGAACUAUAUGUGCAAAAGGGACAGGCCGUGGUCAUUGGCGGCGGUUUCUUAUCCCUUGAGAUGAGUUCUUCUCUAAAGGCUAAUAACCAUGAAGUGACUAUGGUUUUUCCAGAACCUUGGAUUCUGAACCGGUUUUUCACCCCUGAGAUGUCUGCAUUCUAUGAGGGUUACUUAAUCAACAAGGGAAUCAAAAUCAUUAAGGGAACUGCAGUCACCGGAUUUAACACCAACUCGGAUGGAGUGGUCACGGAGGUGAAACUAGAUGACGGAACAACCCUAGAUGCUAACAUUGUGGUCGCCGGUGUUGGUGCUAAACCGGCCACCUCACUCUUCAAGGGCCAAAUUGAAGAGCUGAAUGGUGGAUUAAAGACUGAUGGGUUCUUCAAAACAAGCGUCCCUGACGUAUACGCACUUGGAGAUGUAGCCACAUUCCCCAUGAAAAUGUAUGGCGAGAUGAGGCGUGUUGAACAUGCUGACAAUGCUCGCAAAUCUGCUGGACAUGCAGUCAAAGCAAUCAAAGCAGCUGAGGAAGGGAAAACUGUCCCAGAUUACGAUUAUCUUCCCUAUUUCUACUCUCGGUUUUUCGAUCUCUCGUGGCAAUUCUAUGGGGACAACGUUGGAGAAUCUGUAAUGUUUGGAGAUACUGACCCGAAAUCUCCAAAGCCUAAGUUUGGAACGUAUUGGGUUAAAGAUGGGAGAGUAGUUGGAGUGUUUCUCGAAGGAGGGGCUCCAGAGGAAUACAAGGCCAUUGCUGAAGUAGCACGGGCGCAACCUUCCGUUGAGAGUCUUGACGUGUUAUCCAAGGAAGGUCUUUCUUUCGCCACCAAGUUUUAUAGCACCACUCUUUGAGACAUUUGGGGUCUUGUUUGGUACAAGUCAGAUUGCUGCAACAAUUAAUAUCUCCCCUUGUCCUUUGAUUUCAUGUCGAGCCCCUUUUUAUAUUUGGGUAUAAUAAUUUCAUAAUAAUGUAUUUUAUGGUUUUAUCGAAUCAUUGGAUUUUAAGUUCUUACAAUAUUCGAUUCAUGAUA